AUCAACGCGCAGCUGCGGCUGCUGCAGCGCCAGCGCGAGGCGACCGACCGCAGGCUCAGCGACGUGCGUAAGGGCCUGCUCAUCAACGGGCAGAGUGUCAAGCUGCGGGGCUACCGGCCCGAACCCGAAAAGGUCCCUGACAAAGCUGACAGUAUGCUUACAUGGGAGAAGGAGGAGCUGAGAUCCAUGAAGAGGAAAAUGGAGAAAGAUAUGGAAAAAUCAGAGACCCUGCUCAAGAGCCUGGCCUCCUGCCGUGACACGCUGGGCUUCUACUGUAAAGAAAGGCUGCAGGCUGUGGAACUCAUGAACCAGCCGCUUGACAAGGUUCUGGAGCAGGCCGGCCGCCACUCCUGGGUGGACCUCUCCCGCAUCCCCACCCCACGCACUCAGGGACAGAAGACACCUCCCCCUGACCCCGUGGGCACCUACACCCCAGAGUGCUCUGUGGCGCUGAACGAAGCCAAGAGGUUGUUGAUGGAGUCCAAGGAAACCUUGGCAGAAAUGGCCAGAAAUGAGUCGGAUGUCAGGGAGCAACAGCAGCAGAUAAGCGACCGUGUGUGCGCCACGCUGGUGCAGAAGAUACAGGAGACCUUGGAGCUGAAGGAAAGAAUGAACAUGAGCUUAGGACUGAUGAGGGGAACUAUUCACCGGUGCACGAAAUUCAACCAAGAGAUGUACGUCACCCGCGGCCUCAUCAAGGGUCCUCUGUCCGAAAGCCACCUGGAGACUCGAGAGAAACUGAACAGACCCCUGGUUCGCGUGUAUCAGAGACACGUAGGCACUCAACUCCCUGAGGCCUCUCGCCUGGCACAGGGCACCGACCAGCUGCAGCGCCACAUCCUGCAUGUGGAAAAGAACCUGAAGGAGCUGCUUGCUGCGCGCGAUAAACUCUCCUGGAGCCACAACUGCAAGAAGAUCGGGCAUGAGGUGGACCACAGCGUGGUGCGCCUGCGCCAUCGCCAGCGGCACCCGCACGUGUGCUACCAGGAGGCGCAGCUCCUGGUAGAAGACUGGGACCCGCGAGCCCACCCUCCAGCGCGAAGCAAGGCCAGCGCUGUGCCUAAGUGAUACUUGCAGGUCCCGACCCCUGGCCUGCUUGUCCUCGUGGGCUGGGCCCUGUGGACAGGAGGCUGCUUGCUCAGUGGCCCUCCCUCCUCUCUGACUCACUUUCCCUCCAGCCAAAUUAUA